AUGGGAGCUGCAUCUUCGGAUUUCACCUAUGCCGAUGUGCCCGACCAGACUGGCAAGACGGUGCUGAUUACAGGUGCUAACUUGGGCCUUGGCUUUGCUUUGGCGAGUGACUACAUCACGAAGACGAAGUGUGACAAGUUGAUCAUGGCAUGCCGGUCCAAAGAGAAGGCCGAAGAGGCGAUGAGCAAAAUGGGCAAUGACCCGCGGCUCCAAUUCCUGCAGCUGGACUUAUCAGACUUGGAAUCGGUGCGGAAGUCGGCGCAGGACUUGAAGGGACUCCUGGGCUCGGCAACCUUGGACGCCCUCAUCUUGAACGCGGGCUGCCUCAACCUUGAGAAAUCCUCGACGAAGCAAGGUCUGGAGAUGACCAUGGGAGUUUGCCAUUUCGGCCACUUCCUUUUCACCGCGCUUGUCUGGCCUUGCCUCUCCGCUGAUGCACGGAUCGUACCAGUGUCCAGCGUAGGGCACACCUGGACCAAAACCGGAAUCGAUUUCGAGGACAUCAACUGGGACAAGCGCAACUAUGACGCCUACGAGGUCUACUUCCAAGCCAAGCUUGCGAACGUUUACUUCACCAAGGAACUUGGGCGACGAUCAGAAGCUGCAGGUCUAAAAAUCACAGCCACGACGCUGUCCCCUGGUUUCGGGAGGAGUGGGCUCUACCGUGACUUCACUGGCUGCAUGGACUGCGUUGCAGGCUGGGUAUCCGAAGAGAAUGACAAGCUUUCCAUCAAUACCAUGAGGGCUGCGACCGACAUGACCUUGAAGAAUGGAGAUUACUUGGUGCCGAAACGCAUGGGCUUCUACGGCCCACCGAUUGUGGUCCCAGCAUCUGAGUUGUCAGAAGACAAGACGAUUGCCACGAAGCUGUGGGCCAAAUCAGAGGAGAUUGUGGGACAAAAGUUUCAGAUUGGCUGA